UCCUCGGAGCUGCCUGAAUCUGCAGCCUCAGUGCAGGGGGCACAGGGGUUCCUAGAGCUGCGACCAGGGCUCCGAGGAGACAGACUUGGGGUGACCUAGACUGGGAAAAGCCCCAGUUUCGCUAGUCCUCUCUGCUGCCAGAAGGUAGCCGCCUCAUCCCUGUGCAGCCGAGUCGGUUGAGCGUGUGGCUUUGGGGACUGGCCCGAGGCCAUCUGAAACGGCAGCGGGAAGAGGUGGUGGAGGGCGGAUCCCCCAAAGCCUUUGAGCCUGCUCUUUGCUUUCAUCUCUCCACCCCGGUUCGUGUUGGCUUUCUUAGGACGGGGAACUUCCAGGAGCAGCUGGCCGGCUCCAGCCCUUAGGGGAGAGCCGUGGGAGGGGCUAUGGACCAACCCUGUCAGCUUGCCCCUCGCCUCCCUGGCACCCUGGCUGAAGCCCAGGAGCCCGUGGCUGAGCUGCUGUCACUCCCCACCCUGUAGACAAACCUGCACGCUGUGUUCUGAGACGCGGGAGCAGGACACCUCAGGCAGGCGUGGGAGGGAAGCUUUGGCCCUUUCUGAGCCCUAAGUUGACCUGACCUGCAAGAUUUCAGUUUCUGCUCUUUUAAAUGUGGUUUACUUUCCAGACCUGCUAUUAAGCCCGAAGAGGCCUGUACUAGAGGGGAACUAAUAAUGGAGGAGCCAUAGGCCUGCGUGACUCCUGGCAUAGUUGACCCCACGGAGGGAAAUGCAGCUUGGGUUGGUUGACGCUCACAUGCUCUUGGGUUUGCUCGGCCUGGUUAGGCAGCUCUGCGCCACAGUACGAGCAUGCUUCCACGGAAGGGAAGGCAACCACAACUGGAAUGUCCACAGGUCCAGGGGAAUGGGGUGUGUUGGGGGGGGGACUUGGCCCACACAGGUUUCUGGGAGUCUUGUGUGUCAGGGUGGGGAGUGCACCUGAGAGGUUAGACAGGCGAAGGGCCCUGCACGCCGUGUUGUUAGACUUUACCGCAGGAUUUAGGUGCUCGCUCAGGAAGCUGUUACAGCCCUUGAGGAAAACUCAGAGGCCUGGGUGAAGGGCCCUUUGGGGCAAGUCUUGAGCGCUGCCCCCGACCCGGUUUCCUAGAGUUCAAAGCCCAAGAUCCAAGCAGCCUGCUCCAGUAUCCAGGAGGUCCGGCGGUGCACGCGCCUCGAGAUGCCGGACAAUCUCUACACCUUUGUGCUGAAGGUGAAGGACCGGACAGACAUCAUCUUUGAGGUGGGAGACGAGCAGCAGCUGAAUUCGUGGAUGGCUGAGCUCCGGGAGUGCACAGGCCAAGGCAGGCUGGAGGGCCCCGAGCCAGAGACGCAGACUCCCUCAGCUCUAGAGCCAGGCGUGUCCGGUUCCCCAAGGGGAAGCACGGAUUCCCUGGACCAAGGUGCUUCUCAGGGGGGUUUGCUGGACCCAGGCUGCCAGAAAACAGAUCACUUCCUGUCCUGCUACCCCUGGUUCCACGGCCCCAUCUCCCGCGUGAAGGCGGCGCAGCUGGUUCAGCUGCAGGGCGCCGAUGCCCACGGCGUGUUCCUGGUCCGGCAGAGCGAGACUCGGCGCGGGGAGUACGUGCUCACAUUCAACUUCCAGGGCAUAGCCAAGCACCUGCGCCUGGCGCUGACGGAGCGGGGCCAGUGCCGAGUGCAGCACCUGCACUUCCCCUCGGUCGUGGACAUGCUGUGCCACUUCCAGCGCUCGCCCAUCCCCCUCGAGUGCGGGGCCGCCUGUGACGUCCGGCUGUCCAGCUAUGUGGUUGUCGUCUCCCAGCCACCAGGUUCCUCCAACACUGUCCUGUUUCCUUUCUCCCUCUCCCACUGGGAUUCCGAGCUGGGCCUCCCCCACCUCAGCUCUUCGGGCUGUCCCCGCGGGCUCAGCCCAGAGGGCCUCCCAGGCCGAUCCUCUCCCCCAGAGCAGAUCUUCCACCUGGUGCCUUCGCCUGAAGAACUGGCCAGCAGCCUGCGGCGCCUGGAGCCCGAGCCCGCGAGUCGAGCCCGGGACUCAGACUACGACAUGGACUCCUCCCCCCGGAGCCACCUGCGGGCCAUAGACAACCAGUACACACCUCUCUGAGGGGGCGAGGACUCGGGCCUCAGCGAGGCCCACGGGAGCACAAGCAAGCAGAGAAGUGAAGUCGUGAAUGUAACUUUCUUUCCUUCCUUCCAGAGAGAGAUGUAAGGGACACUGUUAACUGCAAGGUCCAGUUUGGAUGUGACCCUUCUGUUAGGCCUGUUAAAGGGCCUCUUGUGAGUUUCGCCCCUCGCCUGGCCUUUUCCUCAUUGUUUACAGACGCAGUUCUUGUUUAUGGACUAGCUCCUGCCAGUCCCUGGCACCGGGCCCCUUCACCUCAGCAAGGAGGUGGUGGGGGGAGGGCCGGAGCUGGCGGCGGAACCCUGUUGUCUCCUUCACUGACACGGUCUCAGCUGGUGACAGAUUUGCGGGGGGUGGGGGGAGGUAUCAGGAAGCCCAAAACACUAACAAGUCUGGAUUCUCCCUGCCUAGCUAGCUUCAGUGCACGCGGCAGGCCUACCGCACCAAGACCACACCUGUCCUGCUUCGGCUCUCAGCUCUAGGACCAGCUCUGGCAGAGGGACAAGCUAAAGGUCGAUCAUUGUUUUAAACAUUUUACCUCAGAUUAACUUUUCAAGGAUUCAGGUUUCAAAACCAAAUCAUUGCUUAUCUCAUUGCACUGUUUGAACUGAUACCCAUGCAACUUUUUUCUUUUUGUCAUCAGAGGAAGCUAUGCAAACCCUACUCGACUCGCUCCCAGCUGGAGCCAGUCUACCCUCCUCAGCACUGUCAGCCUUUCAGGGACAUUCAGGCAAUUACUGAAAUAGGAGGGUGGCGAGGAACAGCCCUACCCUGGUGCCUUACGACUAAACAAACUGGAUUCUGAUCUAUAGCAGCUUUAUGGUGAGAGUUCAACUGAGGGGUUGAGGGAGGGACAAGAGACAGGGGAGGCCUCCUGAGUCCCUUCUAGUAAACGCUUCGGCAGGGCUGCCUCAGAGCCUUCCACGCAUCUUAACGGCUUACUGAUACCCCACAAGCUGGUUUCAGGCUCAUUCCUGAGCCAGAAUGGAAGCUCGGGAUCUGGUGCCACAGCUAACGAGAAGCCUUUUCAACAGCUCCCAAGCAAAGUUCUGUUCCAGCCGGCUACUGCUUCAUCUGAUGGAGACUGUGUGUGCAGAUCACACGUGGGCACACAGAAUCUCCACCGUCCAGGGAGGCCCUGAAGUCAGCGCUCCACCUCUACUUGCCUUCCACAGAUAGAAUUUUGGCUCCGGGUCCCAGAACUUCCGUGUGAGGGCUCAGAGACAGGGGCGGUGACAGCGGAGCUGCGGAACAGAGCCGCCAGGCUCGCACAGUGGCUUCCAGGAAAGUGGCAGUCAGCAGACCUUACCUGGCAUAGACCCGGCACCAAGGCUAACCCUGGCCGAAACUACUGAUUGCCUUAUCUGAGGUGAGGGUUUGGUCUGUUCUCUCCGGUCAUUCUCUGUCCUCUACGAGAACAGACAAUCACUUUUAGAACUCCUGAGGGGAGAGGCAAAUAGCCACUUUUUAAACCAAUACUCUUGGGUGUUUUCACAGAUUGUAAAGCAGAUGCAACCCGGGCCCAGCUGUGUGGUCCGUUUCUAAGGAGGUUUGCCUUUACUUUCUACAUGUUUAAGCAGGUUCCUCCAGAUACUGAAUGUUUGAAGCAAAGUGCAAACCAGAGGAGUAGACACUAUUUCUGGAUUUCUUUUAAAAGAGCAAGGCUUAUUAUAAGUCACCGGUGCACACUUAAUCCUCUUCUUUGCACAAGAGAAGGGCCAAGUAGCUGGUAAAACCGAGUUAGGUUAACCUGGUGAGCCAAGUUAGCUCCCUUCCUCCCUCCGGAAGUGUGAACAUCUGGAAUAUGACAUCUUAGAGCCAGGGGCUCUUACUUUUAGCAGCCUCUCAGCAUUUAUUUCUCAGGUAAUGUCAAAGGCAAGCCAAGCACAGCCAGAGUAGCAGCUUUGACCCUCUGGCUACGCAGAUGUUCAAGAAAACAUUUCUAAAUGUAUCUGAGACAGCUCAAAUACAGUCCAACAAAAAGCCCCUGGUGGCCGGAAGAAGUGACGCUAAGCCAGUCCCAUUCCUCUGCUAGAGUACAGUGGAGACGGUGCGAAGGGCCCUUACGGGCAGUGGUGUGAGGCUGGGUCCCCCACGGCCACAGCACAUCCAGCACCCUCCUGACCUGAGAGGACCAAUGCUGGCAGCAAGAGGCCGCCAUAGGCCUCCGUGGAGAGCCCAAGUUCUGAGUGCCAAACGGACAGUUACAAUCGCAGAUGAGGAGACUUCACUCCCGGCACCUUCACAUCCUUCAUCUGAUUUCAUGAACUUGCACAAACUAACAGUCACCAGCACCAAAGAAUGAAGUCAACUAACUAACCUGCCUUGAGUUUUAGACCAGCAAUCCAUAUGGCUUUAUCUGGUAUAAAUCUUCUGCCUUUGAUCAUUUCUGGACCAUGUAGGAAAAAGGAAUAGCAGUUAUUAAAAUCUUAAGCCAGAGAACACUAUUUUUACGUAACAGUUUCUUAACCUAUAAUCAAGCCCCAAGGGUUGCCUGAGAUCCUUCAUGCUUUCACUGAGGGCUAAGUCUCUUCUUGCAAAUGUCGUGUGAGCGCUAACACCUCCCCCAGGUAAGACCCUGAUAGUGUAGCUACCGUCCACUGCCUCUUAACAAGGACACAUCUGACAUCCGGUGUUUGGUUGGAAUAAGCAGCACAUUAUAAUGACAACACAAAAUGGAUUCAUCUUGUAUCAUUAUAGGCAGAAAAUAUUUGGCAAAUUUUUAUGUAUUGUUUAUGUACUGUACAAGUAACUUAUUCUUGAAUAAUGCAAAUUUUGCUAUAAUGUACAAAAUGCUACAUGUGAAUUAAAAGUUUGCAGAAUCUCGAUUUGUUGCCACAGUAUUCAAAGGCUCAAUCCAUGCUAACCUUGGUCACUGCGGCACCCUACUCCUGCCCACACACUGGCUUUGCCCUCUUUCCUCCUCUCACAAAUCAGGCCUCCGAACAAGCGCUUAUGGAAUCUACAGCAAUAAGCGGCUUUGGACGCCUCGGCAUCGUCUCAGCCCUCUGGCUUCCUUUGUCAGUUUAAAAAGAAAACAUCUCCUGCCCCCUGCUGGUACAACAGACAGAUGCCUGGGUCAGGACAACUGGCCAACGACACUCGCUCUGGGUUCAGAGAUCAAAAAAGAGGCUUACAGAUCCUUGCAGGCCGAGGCUGUGGAUUUUCACUCAGUGCUUCCCACUCAGCUCUGGCCAGCCUUCCUCCUGGCGCAGAAGUCUAUCUCAGUCUUGUCUUUCUCUAGAUACCUUCAACCAGAACUAAAGGUGAAGAAGAAAAAUCAUUUGCCAGCUAACCUUCCAGCAUGUCGAGAAAGCACUUAGCACUCUUACCUUGCUAGUAAAUCCCCUAUGCACAGAAUUGGCUUACACAAACACACACUAACUUGGUAUCAGUUUUUAAAACUUUUUUUAUUUUUUAAUUUUUUUUAAGUUUUUAUUUUAUAUUAUCUACAAAGUAAAAGUUUGUCCCUUAACUUAAAAGUUGAAUCACUGUAGACAGUGAUCACUUCAUCAAACUUGAUUUAUAAAUAAUAAUCCAUCCGUUUUUUGACGGUAAGAAUUUACUGAACCUUUGUCAAGUUUAGUAAAAGGGUGUUCCAAGUCUUGAUUUUUUUGUUUUGUUUUGUUUUUUAGCUGGAAUAGCAGCAAGAAUCACUCUUGUUACUUCUUUUGCUAGCUGAUGUGUUCAUGACUUUCAAGGGUCAUUAAAAAAUAAAUAACUUCCAGUUUCAGCAAGCAGAGCUGGGGUACUUGCGGGGCUCUGAAACAGCGGAUGGGAUUAUGGAACAGCCCACAAGUUCCUAAAUGCCUCUACUCGGUCCGUGUUUCUUCCACUGCAAGUGGACUGUUAGCAUUCCUAUCGGAUGUUACAA